AUGGGUGAAUUGUUAGAAGAAGAAUAUGGUGCGGGCUCGUUGUCAUUAAAUUUUGUUGAAACUGGUGACGAGGACGCUUCACUUUUACAUGGAGCGACACAGGAUUCGCAAUUCGAAUUCGAUCAGCACUUUACGUUGCCAUCAGGUGGGUGGGGUGCAACGCUUACAGAAGUUCCAGGAGAGCCGUCUACUCAGGAGCUGACUUUUCUUGAAGAAGAAGAUAUUCAACCCUCACAAAGUCUUCCAGCUCACGCUUGCCGAUAUUGUGGCAUUCAUGAUCCAUCAGCUGUUGCGAUGUGUUUAACAUGUGAGAAAUGGUUUUGUAAUGGACGUGGUAGUACAGCUGGAAGUCAUAUUGUAAAUCAUUUGGUGCGUUCACAACACAAAGAAGUGGCACUUCAUAAGGAAGGUGUGCUCGGUGAUACGCAGUUGGAAUGUUAUCAAUGCGCUUCAAGGAACAUAUUCAUGUUGGGUUUUAUACCGGCAAAAGCGGACACAGUGGUCGUUGUGCUCUGUAGAGCACCAUGUGCCAAUCAAGCUACUUUGAAGGACGCUAAUUGGCAGGUGGACGAAUGGAAACCGUUGAUCUCAGACCGGCAAUUAUUGUCGUGGUUGGUGAAGAUACCUUCAGAACAGGAACAGUUGAGAGCGCGACAAAUAAGUGCAGCACAGAUUAAUAGACUUGAAGAUUUAUGGAAGGAGAAUCCGAAUGCAGUCCUCGAAGAUCUCGAAAAGCCAGGUGUGGAUGAAGAGCCAGAGCGUGUUCAACUUAGAUAUGAAGAUGCAUAUCACUAUCGACGUAUCUUCGCUCCGCUCGUCUCUGCCGAAGCCGAAUAUGAUCGAAGAGAGAAAGAAUCGCAAACGCAAAAUGUCGGCCAUGUCAGAUGGGAUGUUGGUCUGAAUAAGAAACCUCAAGCGUACUUCAUGUUGCCCAAAUUCUCGGAAGGGAGUAUGAAGCUGAUGUUAGGUGAUGAACUGCGUUUGAAGCAUCAACAGACAGUGGAUGGCGAAUGGAGUUGUGUGGGAUCAGUCAUCAAAAUUCCUGAUAAUCACAACGAUGAAAUUGGUAUUGAAAUGCGAUCGAAAGCCGAAAAUAUGCCAACCGAUACAAGAACUAAUUUCACUUGUGAAUUCGUAUGGAAUUCUACUUCGUUUGAUCGGAUGCACGCAGCUCUAUGUCUCCUGGGACAGGACGAAUCAUGUGUCUCACAAUUCAUCUACCACAAACUUCUUGGUCAUGAAGUUGAUGAUAUCAUCUUCAAAGUUCAACUGCCUAAACGAUUCAGUGCACCCGGCUUACCUGAACUGAAUCACAGUCAGGUUCAAGCUGUUAAAACAGUCCUUCAACGGCCUUUAUCGUUGAUCCAAGGUCCUCCAGGUACCGGUAAAACGGUGACGUCGGCCACAAUCGUUUAUCAUCUGGUUCGUCAAACAAGUGGUCAAGUGCUUGUAUGUGCCCCAUCAAAUAUUGCUGUCGAUCAGUUGGCUGAAAAAAUUCAUCGAACGGGUCUCAAGGUGGUUCGUUUAUGUGCCAAAAGUCGUGAAACACUCGACAGUCCGGUUGCAUUCCUAGCACUUCAUAAUCAGUUGAAAGCCGUUCAAGGAGCUGCUGAGCUUCAUAAACUACAACAGUUGAAGGAAGAAAUUGGUGAACUGGCUGAUGCGGAUGAAAGACGUUUCAGAACACUGCGAAUGGCCAAAGAAAAGCAACUUCUGGGUUCAGCAGACGUGAUUUGUUGCACAUGUGUGUCUGCAGCCGACAAUCGACUUGCGCAUAUGCGAAUCAAAUGUGUGCUUAUCGAUGAGUCGACGCAAGCAACUGAGCCUGAAGUGAUGGUUGCGGUGGUUAGAGGCGUGAAGCAGUUGGUACUUGUUGGUGAUCAUUGCCAGUUGGGACCGGUUAUUAUGUGCAAAAAGGCUGCCAAAGCAGGUCUGUCGCAGUCGUUGUUCGAACGUUUGGUUGUGCUCGGCUCACGCCCAAUUCGCUUACAAGUACAAUACCGUAUGCAUCCGGCUCUUUCGGCAUUCCCAAGCAAUGUUUUCUAUGAAGGAACACUCCAGAAUGGAGUAACUGAAGGUGAACGACAACUAAUUGGAAUCGAUUGGCAGUGGCCAGUAGCCGAUAAGCCGAUGAUGUUUUGGAGUUGCUAUGGCCAAGAGGAACUUAGUCCAUCGGGUACCUCUUACCUUAACAGAACGGAAGCCGCAAAUGUUGAGAAGAUCGCAACACGUUUUCUGAAGGCAGGUCUGAGGCCGGAACAAAUUGGAAUCAUAACGCCGUACGAAGGACAACGCUCAUAUAUCGUACAGUUUAUGCAAACCCAGGGAGCCCUGCAUAGUAAACUAUACAUGGAAAUGGAAGUGGCAAAUGUGGAUGCUUUCCAGGGUCGAGAGAAGGAUAUCAUUAUAGUGACUUGCGUACGUUCAAAUGAGCAUCAGGGUAUUGGCUUCUUGAACGAUUCAAGGCGAUUGAAUGUGGCGUUAACACGUGCCAAAUAUGGUGUAAUCAUCGUUGGCAAUGCUAAAAUCCUCUCACGUCAUCCACUUUGGAAUCAUUUGUUGUCGAUGUUCAAGGAAAAGGGAUGUCUUGUUGAAGGACCGCUCAAUAAUCUGAAGCCAUCACCGAUUACGUUGUCGAAACCACGCGGAAUGUCGUCAUCUGGUGGUAUGAAUCGUUUCAUACCGCGUGCAACUUGGAGUGCUAAAGAGGCAAUCAUUCCCGGAUCGGUGUAUGACAGAAACAGAAAUGGAAUGCGGACCGAUGUGCGAACAUUACAAGAUCCGAUGGCAACCAUCUCACUGGAUAAGUUACGUUCACAGAGUGGUAUCAAUAUACCGGUACCCAUUCAGAUGUUCAUGCAACCGCCACCAACCACCAACACACACUACUAUCAGCCACAUCACAGGGAGAUUUUAAAUGCCUUAAACAUAGAGCAUCAACAACAACAACAACAGCAGCCCCAUGUGACAGCAGCACGCAAUAACGUAUGGCCUUCACCAGCUGGUGCUGACACAAGUGGUGUGAGUGUGGGUCUGGAUGCGACUACCAUGAAUGCUUUCAAUUCACAAUCCACACAGGAUCCUUUCUUUACGGGUGUUACGAAUUCUUCAUCUCAAGCUCUUUCGCAAGAUGCUAUAAAUUGGUCGCAGUCCCAAACACAACGUGGUGCCUCUCAAUCGCAAUCAUUCCUAAGUCAAGCAGAUAAUUCGUUCAAUCAGGUAGCUAUCCUCUUUUCCAUUUAUUUUAUCAAUUCGAUUUACAUUUCCUGCUGA